CGUUCCCGAUCCGUGUAGGUUCGUAAUUCCUCAAAAGAAAUUUCAUGGCGUCUCGCGCGACUUGAUUGACCCUGCCUCCUUGCGUCCUGCGCAUAGAAAAUACGACGUAACAAAAGAUCUAUGAAGUCUGUGGAUCUAUGGAUCUUUCUCUUUUCCACAAAUGAUUUCUCGCUUUCCGAAUUUUGUAAAUUGGACUCAAUUAACUUUGGUGAAUGUUGUAUUUGACUAUCAUCUGUGUAUCGAUACGAGUUGUGACAAAACUUAUGUGCGAUAAAUGUCGAGAAGUGCGAGCCACGCUAUGGACUGCGAAACAUUAAAAUUAUCGGUGUACGUGCGCGGCGAGAGAUCGCAGGCGCUGCCCGCUCUCGCAUUGCGAUGACCAUAAGCAUCAGCGGGAACGAUGAUCGCCAACCUGCCGCUCCUGUUCGCCAACGGCAACCCGACGGCGCUGUCGAAAAUUUCCGCCGGCGAACUGGAGAAGUUCAUAACAUUCAUGGUGACAUGUUCCUGGGGCCACGACACGGCGAAGGAUAUCCGGCAGCCGCCGUGGUGGCCGCGCGACGUCGCGUUCUCCCACCCGUUCGUGAGGCCGCCCGACGUGCCCAAAGACUGGGAGACGAGAUUGAAGAGAGUCGUCAAAAAGUGCUACGAGUUCCACAAGAGUGCGUUUCUGCUAGUGUUUUCGGCACAACUAGCGCGCUAUCCGAGCAAUCGCCUGCGCUAUGUGGACAACCGCGACCAGACCACCUCACUCUAUUAUCGGCCCAACGGCCGCUUGUUGGUCACCUUCCGCAACGAAAACAUCUUCUACGACCGCGGCGCGCCCAAGGAGCUCGACGAACCGCUGGUGCGCGCCGCCGACAUCUACCUUUGUGAUAACUGUGACAGCCACUUCGACAAUUUAGAUGUAUUGAAAGCUCACGAGAGGCUCUGUAACAAUGAGCAAGUGCCACCAAGCACUUGUAGCACUGGCCUGCAAGAUUUACUAUCUGCUCUUAAGCUUCAGCGUAUUGGUGAGAAGAAGGAAGAGUCUCCGCCUGUGAUUUAUGAUGCAGAGUCCAAACCUAAGAAUGUACGUAAUGCAGCCAAUGUAGAUAGAGGGCCUCCAUAUCCUUUUUCAUCUCUGGCUUAUAUUAAAAAUGUUAAACCAUCAACUCAACGGGAUCUGAGUUUUAGCAGAGAGAGAAUUGAACGAUUCUGCUGCACAUCCACACCAAUUAGCAAAAAUGUAGUUAGUAAAUUUAGAAGCCAUCAAUUUCCUGUGCGGUACAGGAGGCCCAUAGACUACUGGCACAGGAAACAUAUAUUCCCUACUCAGAGAAAAAAGAAAAUACUCGACAUAAAAGCUCAGCUAUUACUGUUAAAAUGUAGACCUAUCAAAGUUGCUGUAGAAAGAAUGUCCUUGGACAAAAUGUAUGAAUACAUUGACAAUCUAAGAAAGGAAUCUGAAAGUAAAAUUCAAGCAGAUGAUAAGGACAUCAUAUUUGUAGAUAAUGUUGACAGUGAUCACCCGAUGGAUGUCGAGAUGAAGCAUACAGAUCCUUUAAAGAGAUCAGAGGAAUGUGAAGUGAUUGACCUGUGUUCAGACGAUGAGACUCCUAGUGUAAAUGAGAACUGUGACCCGCGCGCAACUGUGACGUGUGUUAUGCGUGGAGGCGCGGUGCUGCGGCGGACGGUGGCACCAGUGGCGAGGGCGCAGCCCUGCGGCGUGCGCCCUCGCCCGCUGCCGCCUGCCGUCCUCCAGCCCCAUCCCGUCAUACUAAUCGCACACACACUGAACAAUUUACAGACUAUAUCAAUAGAUUGAAUCCAUGUAUUAAUUUAUAUUAUUUAGGUGUCUUGCUGAUUAUUUAUUAUUCAUUUGUGAUUAAAGUUUAAAUGUUAACUCCAGCUUUUAUUUCAGUGGGAUAACUCAAUUAUAUUGCACAAAAUGGCGGACUGCCACUUUAAAAUGGCAGCAUUUUUAGCAUUUAUUUGAAUUUUUGCAGUGGUUUUAAAGCUUUGAAAACUAUUUUUUAUUAUGUUUGGUAAUUCAGACAUUUCUGUUACCAAACAUUAUUUUAUCAAAUUUAUAAUGCAAUUUUAUAAGCAAUUAAAAGAGAUAUUUUCAUUCCAAUGACAAAAUAUUUUUGUGCUUAGUUCAAUACUGAAAUAUUUGCUGCAUAUGUCCUAAUUUAGUUAUAAUUGUUUGUACUUGCAGGGUAGAUUUUUACCAUGUAUUAUUCUAACCAGUACAGUGUAAUCUGAAUAAAAUAGUGUAAAUCUACUUAAA